AUGGCAGGAGUCAAACGAAGGCCUGAUGCUGCUCACAGCUCAGCCACCCCAUCCGCCAAUAAUACAGCCGCCGUUCACAACACCCCUAAAGAACCUACUGGCAAUGAUUCUCCCAGCACUCGCGUGACUCGGAAUUUGCGUUCGAGCCGAGAUGCGCGUGCCGGUCAGAAUGAUGAUGCUAAGAUUGCCAACCCUGCUCCUAGCAGGGGUGCUAGCAUCCAGAAUAACAACACCAACGACAAUACCAGUAACACCACUAACAAGCACGAUAACAACCGUCCGUCGCGUGUUAUUACGCUCAAAUACGGGCCUGGUAAAGCAAGUCUAAAUCCUGCGACUCCCUCGGCCGCCGCGGCCACUACCAGCGUUGGCUCCAACACUCGUGAAACGCGGAACAGUCGAGCACGGGCUGCUGCUUCCGCCACCCCUGCGGCUCCUGCGGCUCAAUCAAUUUCAAGCCGAUAUGACGGUACACCGUUCGCCUCUGCGGCUCCCGAGACGCCUCGAACUAAGCGCGUCAAACGGGGUUCGGUGGCCGAAGAGACUCCGAGAAGUACGAGGCAGUCAACGAGACUCAAAAGCAAUGCUCAUGAAAUGCCUACCGAAAAUGGAGUCGCAGAUACUUCGGCGGCAUCCAAACCAUUUGAAACCAGCCCACUGAAUUCUGUUGCGUCCAAUACGAGAACUAGAAAUCGCAAUCGGCAAACUGGCGACUCAGGGACCAACGUAUCUACUCGCAGUCGUCCCUCGACUUCGGCCGUGAAAUCUCCGUCUGCCGAAGACGCCAAUUCCGAGGCGGUUGAUGCGCCAUAUCCGAUGGAUGUUGACACUUUCCAUGACACGGAACCAACUCCGCCAGCCGAAGGGUCACCAAAGGGCACUGUGUCUUCCGGUCAGCCGAACAAGAUAGAAGGGUAUGGAGCUCCCCAAAUCGAAGGAGACCUAAAGCCGAUUUCAACCAGGUCAAGCCCAAUUUUGUCACGAAAACGCAAAUCUCUCGAAUCAGAUGAUCGCGGAGCCGUUUUGUCAACCUCCAGCUCACCCAGCAAAAAGCCAAAAUUAGAAGAUGCCACGCUGGAUCGUGCAUCUGAGCCGGCACUGCAUAAUGGCGAUGAGCGCCGACUAGAAGAUACAUUGUCUCAACCCGAUGAUGUCGCAACUUCGAAAGCGGAUGAAGGAUCUCGCCAAAUCACUGAAGAGGCUGAAGAUUCUACCACGCCAGACAACGCUACGGAGUCAACCAUUGCAAAGGCAACCCGUGGGGGUCGUACUCGUGGCCGUGGUCGGGGAGCUCGCAGUAGAACAUCGGCGCGAUUUGGUGUGAACAGGCGAGGACGUGGUGGGACCCGUGCUGCGCGAUCUGGGCGCACUGGGCGUCAGAAUGAUCGUUCUAGUGACAUAGAGUUCGAGCGGUCACCCUCACCAAGUGCAGCUACUCAAAAGCUGAGGGACCGCCAGCGCGAAUUGGACAAGGCGUUCAGAAGGGUAGCUGCGGCCCAGCGACUAGCAUUGGCAGUUCUUGCUACACAGUCUGAGAAACGCCUGGCUCGUGACAAGAAUGCGCAUAAAGCCGUUCCCGAGUAUGAAGACAUUAUGUUGAAGUUGGGGGCGCAAUUGCGCAAACAACAGGAUACUCUGAGACGAGAAUACGAUCUCAAGGUAGCACAGGAGAACAGGAUCUUUCAGGCUAACAAGGAAGCUAUCGAGGAGCGGUGUCGAAUCUCGGCCCGUAAUAUCCAGGAGGAACAUCUUCUUACGAGUCAUGGUGAAUACAUGACGUUUAUCGAGGGCCGUCGCGCGGCGGAAGAUGAUGAGCACACUGAGACCGACGGCUCUGAAACAGAAAACGAACGCGGACGGCGGGCGCCUGUUACUCGUGAAAUAUACCGCGGAUUCAACUCCUCAUUCGUGCGUGAUCCAGCUGGGGCUGCGUCCUAUGAACGUGCUGCACUGGGCUGGGAUGACUUUGUUCAACGGGCCAAACUGGGCGACGACAUUAAUCCACAGAUGAAGGAGAUAAGAGACGCGGGCCCUUUUGCCGGACUUUCUGGUAGUGAAAUCAUAAAUCUGUUGUUAGAAGCCACGGGAAUCGUUGAAGUGCGAGAUGGUGUUGCUGUGAAAGAGCAUCAUCCUUCAUCGUUUGUGGAUGUCCGACCUACAGCAUUAACGGCCCUGGCGGAUGUCGCUACCGCUGAGAUUCCCCGACCUGCCCUCUCACAGCAUACGCCGCGCCUUGCACCCCAUCGCGCCAUCCUUCCUCAGCCUCCUCAACCGCCGCCACAUCAUGCACAUCCUGAACCUCCCCGGCCAUUCGUGCUGCCUCCGCCCACGCCCCGAGGCCAACCGAGGCGGCUCCUUCCUGCGGGACAGCAGAUUCCGCCGAUUAGUGAGCCUCUUGGCCUCCCUGAUCCAUUUUCGCCCCGGGGUGGACCUCCGCAGCUCCCUCCUCCACCAGGCUCCAACUUCCAACGGCCUCCUCUACCAGGCUACUUGACCGGCCAUCACCACCCGGGUAUAUACUAUGCGCCGCCACCGCCACCUCGACCACCGUAUUGA